GAUCCGAGACCACAUUAUCACGAAGAGAAUUUUCCCCCAUUCAUAUUAUGGAUGUUAAGUAUACAUUUACUACUCGUUCUAUGAACCUUCUUACGUUUUCAUAUUGACCUACCAUAUUCGGCGAAAUAAGCGACCUCAAAGCCCUUGUUGACCUUAUGUAAACAGGUCACUCGUGCAUGGGCCUAACGCCACUCACCCGUUUAGACGCGUUCAGUUCUAACUACUGCUCUUACCAGCUAGUACCAGGACGGUCUCGUCUUGUUCCUUUGAUACUUCCUCUCUCCUACAUAUCAAUUUUUACUGUCGAGGAACAUUCCUCCAGUGUGUCAGUCAUGUCGUAUACGGCGUGCACUGGGCUCUUCGCCAGAGCCUGCGCGUUCGUCGCGUCCCAAAUAUUCUCCUCCUCAUCCUCAUAUUCUGAUUCAUCCCUUAUAUCCGAGUCUGCGCCUUCCCUCAUGAAGGAGAGCCUUCUCGCCACAUCAUCGCUUCCCCUCCAACCCACCUCUACUUACUAUGCCAUCCCGACAAACACAUUUUCGAUCUACGCCACUGUGGCCCUGGCCCUUGGUAUCUCCAUCCUCCUUCCUCUCCUCAUUUUCACCAAACAAGUCAAAUCCCAAACUGUUAUGAAUUCCAUGGUUUUCGUCAUCCUCGCCACAAUCGCCACUUCCGUCAACUUUUCACUCGACGCCACCGACGCCGCAUUUUGGUCAUUGAGGCUCGCAGUUCAUGAUAUCCUCGAGCUUGCCUCGGAUAUGUACAAUGAAUUCGCGAGUUUCUUUGCCAUUGCCACGACGUAUCCGUACCUUCGAUGGCUCCCGCCUACUAUCUCCGUGUUCAAUGGCUGUACUCGGUGGUAUGGUCUAUAUGUAUCCUGCUCAACUUUCCUGAACUACGGCUCGCGUCCCGAUGUAAAUGAAAACAACCACGCAUCAAAAACCUACGAAGACAUCGCGGAAGCCUUAUCCUACGCCACACGAGACAUAGAAGUCGAUGCUACGAAAGGGUUGUUAGACGCCAAUGAGGGUGCUAACCAGAGCACCUCGGAGGAUGUCUCGCCCAGCUAUGAAGCAUCGACUGAAACUAUUUCAGGUGAAGUCUCUGACGACCAACUUGUUUCGCAUCACGCCACGCAAGGCGUGAAAGUCGACUCUACUACGGAAGAGCUUUUGAGUACCGAUGAGGGUGCUACCCAGAGCACCUCGGAGGAUGUCUCGCCUUCCAAAGUAGUCACUGAGUCCGGUCCGUCUAAGGCUUUGGCUAGACGCAUCAAAAAGUGUCCAAAAGUGUCAGGUGGUCCAAAGAACGCUGCUCGUCCCAGGGCAGGCCAUACCCAGGCAGACCGCGAGAGUUUCCAACUCUUGCUCAACAACAUACGAACAAAGGGAACAAGGCGAGAACGUGCUAAGGAAGGCAUCAAUGCCUCAACUGACCAAACAGACAAUGUCUCCGGUAGUCUCUUGGCUCCAACGCCACAAAAUGUUGAUAGGUUGGUAACACCAGUGUCACUCGCCCCGAUAGUCGAACGUCCCGGGGUUUCCCCACGGGAGGGAACGGUCAAGCCUACCGGGAAGCAAACCAUCCAUGACCAAUCAUCGGCGAACACAUCCAAGCUGCCCUCUAUUCCGAAGGAGACACCUGCUACGCAAGUAUCCUCUCCUGGCAAGGUGGUAGAAUCUACGGCGGAUGCAGUUGGACCUAAGGACGGCGGCGAGCCGUCUUUGCAACAAGAAACCUCAUCCCCGGCUGGUGCACAUCCAGAGAUACUGGAGGUCAUAAAUCAGAGCCAUCGUACGAACACCCGCAAUUGGAGGGCGGCCGUUGGUGUUGAACCUGAGGAGCCUGCGUCUUUACCGUCGCGCCCACAGGAACCCGUUGUGACUCUCCCACCUCUGCGUGUUAGACGCGUGGGAAGAGGGCCGCCAGUCGCUCCUCCAGUUGGAAGCUUUCACACCUCUCGUAAAAUUGGCGAAGGAGCCUAUGGAACGGUCUAUGCAUACCAUUAUCCCCACACAAACUUCAAAUUAGCUGUGAAAAAGUUCAAGUCGGACCAGGCCCACUGGGGUCUUCACGAGGCUGGUAUCCUCAAGCUAGUCAACGAACGUAACAAAGAUGGACAUGGUGUUGUUAAAGUAUACGACUGGUACCAACAAGGUGAUAUAGUCAGUAUCCGGAUGGAGCUGCUUGGGCCCGAUCUUUGCACAUAUUCCAUGGACGUCGCAGCCAAAGGGUUCAAAAUCUCGAAGAAAGACAUGCAAUCAUUUACAUAUCAGCUUACGGAUGUAUUCGACUUCUUGCAUGGCAUUGGUGUCAUACACGGAGACGUUAAACCCCUCAAUAUAGCUCUCUUGUACGACGAUUGGCAUGAAGACGUACAUGAAAGUUAUAAGAAUCCCGACGGGACUGUAGUCCGAUUUGCGAGGCUGAGACGCCCCAUUCUACAAGUGUACGACUUCGGCCUGUCUACGGGAAAUUUGGGACCGCAUACAAGUGCCUACAGCACCAUACUUUACGAUGCACCCGAGGUUCUGCUUGGUCAGGAUUGGUCUUUAGGUCGUGAUGUGUGGGCUGUGGGGGUCACUUUGCUGGAGUUACAUGUCGGGCAGAACCCAUUGGAUGUCAAGAGGUGGUCUCCUGCAUACGACGUUCCUGAGCAACUUCAAGUAAUGGAACGUGUUUUUUGUAAACUGCCAGCCAAUCUGGCCGAGGACGGCGCCAGGGUCAAACCAGACUGGUUUGACGAGCGGCAUUACUUGAAAUGUACCUUACCAACCGAGGCGAGGAGGUCGUUCCGUGGAUUAGAGACGUACUUCAGACUUGACGACUAUAUGGAAAGUCGACUAUAUAAUUUCAUUCAUACGUUACUCGACAUGGAUCCGAAAUCGCGACCGACCAUGAAAGAGGCACUCAAUUUCCCGUUCAUCAAGGAUUUGGCUAAGAGAGGCCUAAAGGCGAUCCAGUAAAGGAUGUUUGGCGUCAUAAGGUACAUGUUUCAUUCUAAGGCGCUUUUGCCUGAUACUCAUGUUUGCAUUCAGAAAUUCUUCCCCAUCUUCUGCGCCAGACGCGAUUAGCAUGCCUGGACAUGUAUAUCAGAAUCAGAAUCAGAAUCAGCAAGAAGCGAGCGAUUUCCUUCCUCCCCACAUAUCCAUCGUCCUCAUCGUAGUGAAGCAGCACGCUACCAAACGACUAGAAGACGAUGCUACCAAUAUCUGGAAAGGACCUCACCGUUACACGAAAACAGCCGGUAUAGGUCCUUCACUUCGCUUGAAAUACUUCGAAGCCACACAUAUUCUCAUAAAGCAACCCUUGAGAUAACGAGGUCACGCCCAGCUCAAUCGCUCUCUUCAUCUCAUACACACAGAAACCAUCACCCAGUUCUUAACACAAUUCUACUACCAACAGGACCAUCAAGUAUUACACCAGCUUUCUUGUCUUUUUCUAUGAAGAUCUCUCAACACCCACACUAUCCUAUCGACUGAUGUCCUCAAAAAUUCCAUGACCGCAGGGCCGCUCUAUCCGAAUGGUUCAAAUCGACCCUCUCGAUCAGCUCCACCCAAGACGACGGUCAUACAACGACACCACCUCGACACACCCCUCACCCAAGUUAGAUAUCGUCUUUCUUAAUCUAUGUCCUUGCUUGCGCAUUCUCCCUCCAUUCACCCCCAUUCAUUGGUUGUUACCUCCACUAGGCUGAGGUAACAUCAAAUUGAAGUAAGUACUGCCGUAGCAGUAAUUACUUCAAGGGCCGCGCUCCGCCCCUCCCCUUUGUGUAGGUAGCUUACUCGUAUUUUCGCUCGAACAUUCCGCUCGCCAGUAUCUAACGUAUGUACAACAUUCAAGUUGCUAUUAGUAUCUUACUAGAGUAGUCAUCAUUGUGAUAGCACCAAUAGUAUCCUGAUUGGCUUGUGCAGAUGGUGGUCCAGAUAUUUCUGCUUCCUUCGU